AGGCUAUCCAUUCUGUGUUGAGUUUUGGUUCAUUAGACUCACGACAGUCUUUUACUCCGGAAGUUUAUUUCCCAUACGAUAAUACACUUUCCUUUUCGCGUUGUGUCUCUCUUUUGUUCUCUCUCUCCCUCGCUCGAACUCCAGUUCUUGUAUUAGAAACCUAUUCUCAAGAACAUCCUUUACCUAGCCUCUGACCUAGUGGUAUCUCUUUUCAGCGGAGCCAUCUUCAGAUAGGGAAUAUAUUGCUCUACUCUUGGAUCGUCCGAGGCAUCAACAAGAUGGGAAACAUUUGCUGUCCCGGAAGUGAUGAAGGUCGUGGAGGCGGUGGUGGUGCCGGCGGUGGUGGUUCUUCGGGAAAUACCAUGUGGCUGGUUUUUUCUGCGAACGACAUGGGAACUUUGAUUAAGGCCUCACCUGUUAAUUUAUCUCCAUAAGCAUGCGUCUUGAAGCUGUCUGCCUCAUACGGAGACAGAAAGAAACAUCUUCAAGAUGCACUGGUCGUUAUAAAUAUGUCUCCCAGUUGUAGGUGCGUAUUUGUCUCUCUCUCUGUCUCUGGUCAAGUUCUUGACCAAGGGCUCCAACGCGAUUUCUACCUGCACUGGUCGUUAUAUUUGUUCUCACCUACUACAAGACUCGUACACCAAAGAGUCACCAGGAUAUAGGCGGGCACAACACUUGCACUAAUGGAUUAGAUGCACUCCAAGAUGGAUUAGGCACUCCAAGAUGGAUUAGGGUCAAACUACUUUUGACGUACCCCUGGAUUGGGUUUACUACUACUGCUAUCAUCCAUUAGGGUGAGCUCCUCUAAUGUGAACAUGUACUACAGUGCGCCGCCUGGUGGGUCCACCAUCGUUGCCAAAGUCUCGCUGAGUUCCUCUGUGCCGGACUUCAAAAAGAGCAACAAUGGCGGCAAACAAGAACUGGCCAAGGGAUGUGGAGACAAGAAGAAGUUUUUCACGACCUAUAUGAACUUUCUGAAGCAGACUUGGCAAUACGCACCUACUGGGAUCGAGCUGCCCUCCCAAGCGGCGAAUCACUCGACGAAAAUCAAGUUCUUGACCAAGGGCUCCAAUGCGAUUUCUACCUGCACUGGUCGUUAUAUGUCUCUGUCCUCUGGCAGCAUUGGUGCAGUAGCAGUGAUCGAUAUGGAUAACAAUGCCUUGGAUGCUGGCACGAUGGAACACAAACUCUUCGUCCAAAAAGCCAUGAACGAAGGUGCGGGAGAGGGGUUCUAAGCUCUACAACAACGGAGGGGCGGGAGAAGGCCCGGGAGCAGGGUUUUGUAAGGAGCCUAAACCCUGAAGAAAGGAAGAUUCUUAAGCAUGAACGAGGGUGCGGGAGAAGGGUAGUUCUAAAACAGGUUUUCUUAAGGGUAGUUCAAAAAAAAAAUAAACGGAAAGGCAGGAGGAAGUUUCUCAUCAUGCGAGGGAAGGAGAAUCCGGCAAUCUCCUGGUACAACUGCAAUCUCCUGGUGCUCACAUUGGACGCGCCGCCGUAAAGGUGGUGUACAGCUGCAUAAGUAGAUAAGUGCCAUUCCUUGGCAUCCGAAUUAAGUUUUUGAGACACUACCUCGUGCUAGGUAAAUGAAUGAAUGAAUGAAUGUGAAUCAGCAUACUCAGUCACGGUCUAUUAGAGUGGUGGAAGGACCACGAGGUCCAAUGCAUUAGUUUUGAAUGAACCCUCAGAUACUAUUACUAUGUAUAAGUCUUCAAUUGGAAAUAAACAUUAUACGGGACAUUCAUUUUUUGAUUUUGAUAAUUAAGGAUACAGUCAGUAUGAAGGAAGACUCAAUGAAAUAAAUUAGUUGCAGCUGAGCAGCCAGCAUUUUAUCUGGUCGAAAAUCCUUCAGGCAGUAUACAACCAUUCACGUUUUCAAAACAUAAAAAUGGUAUUCGCGGCUGCUAC